AUGGAUUAAUAGGAAGAGGGUUAUGAUAAAAAAGAAAUCGAAGUUUAAGUGUGUGAUCCUAUUGUAAAGAAAGAUGGUUUAAAAAAUUAUGUGGUUUACACACUCAAAGGUUUUGAUAGAGAUGGCAAUUUUGAAGUUGUGCGUCGAUUCAAUGAAUUUGAUUGUUUUAGGUAAUCAUAAACUCUAUGUAGAAUAACUCUUUAGAUACGAUGGCCAGGAUGUUAUAUUCCUCCAUUGCCAAUUAAAAAAUCAGUUGUAAGUAUCUUAACUUUAUCUAAAGGGAAAUAUGGAUUAAAAGUUCAUUGAUGAAAGAAUGCAUUACCUAAAUCUCUUUAUGAAUAAAAUGACUACUAUUGAUCAUUUAUGGUAUUCUGAUGAGUGCAAACUCUUCACUAGAGGCAAUGGCGAUAUUGAGAAAGUACUUCUUUGUAGAAAUUCUUUUAGUAACUAACCAAUUUAUAAAAACCUACUUCUGGUGAUAUCAUCUACAAAUAUGAAACUAUUUUCAAAGAUUUUUCUGGUAAAGAGAUUAAUGAUUAAAUACUCUCUAAGAUUAAUAAUUUUGCUUUGUUUUUAAGGAGAAUAUAACCUUAAUUAGAAGUCUUUUAAUAAUAAGUAAAAUAACUUAUUUAAUCCAGGUAUAUAUAUUUAUAGUAUCUAAAGAGUUCAAUGCUAAGAGAAUAUGAAUCUAUUAUUAGAUUAUUUAAUGCCUGAAUAUGAAAAGAAUUGUUUAACAGAAUACGUUGUGAAUCCUGAGAAUAAACUUGUUUUUGUUUAACAUAAAGCAGAAUUAUAUCAAUAAUAUGUUUAAUUAUUUUGUUAUUUUUAGCGAGCAGCCAAUGAGAAAAGUGCUCUUGAUAAUUUUGCUUUAUCUAUAAAGAUAGAAACAAGAGAUAUUGAUGCUAUUUUGGAGGCUAUAUCAUGCAAGGAAAAAUAUGAAUAAAUUAAAUAGAGUUAUUUGACUAAAUUAUGUAAUUUGAGUAAUGAGAAAAAGGACAUUGAGAAUGGAAAAACCACAUUGAAAUCUUUGUUCAAUUCAAAUAAGGAAGAAAUCAUUUAGAAAACAUAAUAAUAAAUAGAUAAUGUAAAACUAUAAUGAUGAUUUUUUAUAGGUCUAGAAAGAGAUUGAAUAAUUGACAAAUUUAUGUGAUAUCAUAACAGUAAUAAUUGGAUAUUACAUAUUACCUAGAUAUAAGGUAAUUUUUAAGAAUUUAUUAUAAGCAAGAAAAAGAAAAGAAUUAUUAUUCCUUAUUGAAACAGAUGGCAUAACAGUAAGUCCAGAAAGCUUAAGCAGAGAGAAAUUAUUGGUUAGAUUUAGAUAAAAAUCAAAUGUUUUUGGAAGUUUUAAAUUGA